AUGAAUGGCAAAAGGUCAGGGGCACUGGGAGAGCGAGAGAGGGAGACAUUUUCUCCUCUCCCUGUCUCCUCUGCUGGUUCCUCAGGUUAUCUGCAUUUGAAAUGGAGGGAUUUUAGCCCCUGCCUCUACCGCCAUUGACCGACCGAGUGCUCUUUUCCUUUCCUCCUCACCACCAGCCAAUGGCUGGGUGGUUCUGUACCUUACUGUAAUGGCGGGUCACUGGCGCCCUUCCACUUUCUAUGAUUAUAAUGACCUUGGCGGGGCCGGGGCUUGAAAACAUUGGAUUAAGGGGAAAGGAAAAUGAGGGGAGGUUUCCAUUUUGCUCUUGGCAUCAAAUUUGUGGGGAAUUUUUUGCCAAGAAUCCCCCUCCGCCACUUUCCACCCCCCACCACCUCUCAACUUGAUGUGGCUCGGGCUCUCUCAUGGACCGCGGUGUCGGCCGACUGGAGCUGAAGCGAAUAAUGAUACACCGGCUUUCACUUAGAAAUGAAUUAAAGGGCAGGAGGAAGGUGGUGGGAAGCUUCCUUCAGCAUACGCUUACAUAGAGGGGAGUUUGAGACCCGCCGCGUUCAACACCAUUCAGAUUCAGUGGGUAGGCCUAAAACUGGGCCCAUUCAGUCUCUCCAUGACUUGAUGGAGAAUUGAAUGGAUUGUAAUUGGGAGGCCGCUACAGCGGUUGAUUUUAAAUGAAAGUUGGUGGGGUAAGUUAACUUUAUAAUGGGCCUUGUUCCAGAGAAGCUUCUGGGGUUUGAUCAAUACACAUUUGAAAUGUGUUGUUGCUAGCUGCAUCAAACAGGUAGGCUGGCUGACAAUACCAAGGCCUACAGGUGUUGUUGUCAGGAUUCCAAUGGGCAUCCACUAGGGUUGGGCGGUAUCCAGAUUUUCAUACCGUCAUACUGUUUCUGUACCAACCAUUACUGAGUCAAAAUAUCUUUUUUUUAAUGCACAAAACAAUUUAAGCAACAGGGAUCUUUAUCCAGGAGGGCAUUGAAGGUCUCUGUUGUAACCAAUAAGCUUUAUCUUGACAUCUAGCCACUUAGUUAGCAAACCAAAUGCAUAGCUGGAGCCCUGAGCUGGAUAUAAUUUAUUUGACACAGCUUAUAUUUCUUAUAGCUAUACUGAACAAAAAUAUAAAUGCAACAUGGAACAAUUUCUAAGGUUUUACUGAGUUACAGUUCAUAUAAGGAAUACAUUCAUUAGGACCUAAUCUAUGGAUUUCACACAUGACUGGGCAGGGGUGCAGCCAUGGGUGGGCCUUGAGGGGCAUAGGCCCACCCAGUUGGCAGCCAGGCCCACCCACUGGGGAGCCAGGCCUAGCCAAUCAGAAUGAGUUUUUUUCAACAAAAGGGCUUUAUUACAGACAUAAAUACUCCUCAGCACCCCUCCACCCGCCCUCAGAUGAUCCCACAGGUGAAGAAGCCGGAGGUGGAGGUCCUGGGCUGGUGUGGUUACACGUGAUCUGUGGUUGUGAGGCUGGUUGGACGUACUGCCAAAUUCUCUAAAACGAUGUUGGAGGCAGCUUAUGGUAGAUAAAUUAACAUUAAUCUGGCAACAGCUCUGGUGGAUAUUCCUGCAGUCAGCAUGCCAAUUGCACGCUCCCACAAAACUUGAGACAUCUGUGGCAUUGUGUUGUGUGACAAAACCGCACAUUUUAAAGUGGCAUUUUAUUGCCCCCAGCACAAGGUGUACCUAUGCAAUGAUCAUGCUGUUUAAUCAGCUUCUUGAUAUGCCACCUGUCAGGUGGAUGGAUUAUCUUGGCAAAGGAAAAAUGCUCACUAACAGGGAUGUAAACAAAUUUGUGCACAACAUUUGAGAGAAAGAAGCAUUUUGUGCAUAUGGAACAUUUCUGGGAUUUUUUUUUUUUCAGCUCAUGAAGCAUGGGACCAACAUGUGAAAUCCAUAGAUUAGGUCCUAAUGAAUAUAUUCCUUAUAUGAACUGUAACUCAGUAAAACCUUUGAAAUUGUUCCAUGUUGCGUUUUUAUAUUUUUGUUCAGCGUAUAUUUAACUUAUCGUUAUAAGAAGUGGCGUAGCAUCCCCAUCCCCGAAACAUUUUAAAUAAAAUACAAAAUAUAUAUCUAAUUUUAUAUGUUUUUACGGUAUUGAAAAUCAUACGGCGGUAUUUCAAAAUACCUUAGUAUACGGUAUAAAUGGUAUAUCGCUCAAGCCUAGCAUCCACUGAGAAUUUCCAAUGCCCUGACUAAUUACAAAAACGUGUCUGAUAAGCAACUCGCUUCACAAUAACUUCAGGGGGCUACUUGUGAGUAAUUAACUCUGUUUUGGGCACACUUUUCAUCAAGUGUCAAACUCACCAGAGGUGCUAAGCAGGUAAUUUAAUCUAGGAUUUCUUCAUGCCCAACAAAAGGGACUCAGGGAAGCAUAAUAUGCAAAUCUCCUAAAGUAAUUAUUUAGGGAUGCCCAUUGCCUUCCCCCAUAAUACUUAUUCAGUUAGGCCUAAUUAGAGAGGUUGCUUGACAAAGAUCCAGGGAUGACUUCCCCUCCUGAUUGUCAGCCAUGACACUUGAUCUGGUCUCUCUCAAACGACAUCUUCAUUCAUUUUGCAUUGACCUAAUUAACAGAACGAAUGAACUGUCCACCAUGUCCACUAGGAGGCCUAAAAAUACAUCACAAAAGUUACCAGCAAUCUGUUCCACACAGUACCUACCUGGUCUCAAUCAACCCCCAAACCCCCUCCCCCCUUCCUACUGCUCCGUGUGGAAUGGAAGUGCAUCAGCGUGCCUUAGCCUUGGUAACGAUUUUCUCCGUGUUGACAAGCCACGACCGGGAGAUGUACAGCUUUGGAGAGCAGCCCUUUGGCUACGGCGUAGCCCCGGCACUGAGUAAUACCAAUCUCACAGGAGUGGAGCACAGGCUCUCAGUUGGCCGCAGUUCAUAAGGAACGGCGAACAGCUCGCUGGUGCAGCUGGGAAAGACCGAGGGAGGGGAAGAGAGAGGGAGAGUGUUGGAGGUGGUGGGGAAGCUGCUAAGAGCUCUGGGCGGUUUUCUCUGUUGUUGUACCACACAAGUGCAUCUAGGGCCCUGCAGGACAGGGCUUUAACAGGCGUGAGGGAUGGAGAGAUAUAGAGAACGAGAGAGAGGAGGGAGGUCUGGGGAGCAGGAAGCUCUAGUCGGCCAGUCGUGCCAGACUGCUGCCUCUGCUUCUAAACAGGGAUGUGAUUUAUUAUCGAGGCUCGUUUCACUCUUAAAAGAGAGAUGGAAAUUACAUCGCAGAGAAUUAGAGAGCGCCCCUAAAUUGUCUCUGAGAAGAAAGCCAUAGCUGUAGGCGUGGGGAGAUUUUGGAGCAUGUGGUACGCGUCUAACUGGUGCGUGAAAUCAGAGGAGGGUUUUUUGCUUAGGUUGGCAUAGAUUUGUCUUUCCUUUGGUGGUGAGGAGGCCUUUUUAGUUUAGAUAAUGAAUACUGAUUCGGUCACUGCGUUUGAUGGCCCUUGCCAAGGGGCCAGUCUUGGUUGCCCUUUAAAACCAAAUAACUGUACUCCACUCUCUAUGUUGCCAGGUUUGAAAUACAUGAUCAUUUUAUGUAGCUCUACUGUCUUGAUAUAUGUUGUUGUUAGGGGGGGCUUAAAAUGGCUCUUGGCCAACACGCUGAUCUUGUCGCCCUGACGGAGUGCACUCUAGCACGGCGGAGAGUGUGAUGACCUCACUUCCUGUGUGGGUGGAAGAGAGGCCAGGAGGCCCCCACACUUGCCUGGCUCUUGUUAGCCUUUGGCAGCAGCAGCCAGGCAAACUCUGUCCUCUCUGGUCUGGAAGUCAGUACUAGGCUUGGGUGGUAUCCAGAUUUUCAUACCUUUCUUCUGUCAUCCUGGGAUUUACGGUAUAGCUCACAAGGGGACGCUAAAAACACAAAAAAGCCCAUUGGGCAUGUAUUACCAGAAUGCUAACAGAAUUAGCACAAGUUAUAUCGAAAUCACAUAGACGCUGUUAGCUAAAUGCUAACAAGCGAAAACGAACAAACUAAUUGCAAAGACAAGCAAAUCCAGCUCAUAAAGUUAUACAAUCAUAGCUAUUAGCUACCAAAUGUUGUUUUCGGUGAGUGUGGACAUGUGAAACUGAACAAGAGAAAUUGUGCAAAUGAACAAAGUUGUGAUGCAUGCUUUUUUGAAGGAAGAGCAGCAUGUGUACCUGGAGGAGAAUGGGCUAGGAACAUAUUUCCUCCAACGUUAUGUUGAAAAGGUGCCUCUCGGUCCCAAAACAUAAGUUUUCUGGAGACUUGUGGGAGGAGUGCUGAUGAUUUCGCCCACUGUAUGCGCCUUCGGUAGCCUGAUUGCGUCCAGACUGAGGAGAAAUCUGCACACAAUGCAACACUGACCACUUCCUGAAGUGGUCAGCCAGAUCUGAAUACAAUCAGACCACAAAGCGACUUUUGUGCAUCUAGUCCUGUCUUUUCAAUGCGAUCUUCGUAUUCUGAUAGCAGAAGUCGCAUGUAAGUGUCAAGUGUAGACAUGACCAGAGACUCGCCGAUAGAUAUAGACUCACCAGCUCCCACUUUCUCCCGUUGUGCUAUUUACAAACACGUGACAGGCUGAACUGUUUCAAAAUGUAAAAUAAUGUGACAGGUGAAAUUAGGAACGCAGUGUGCUUUUUCUCCUAACGUAUUACACAAGUUGACUGCAGGUAUUAACUUAAAAAGUAGCUACAAAUAUUCACAUUUAUUUGAAAACUUUGUUGAAAUCUUUUUGACUGUAUGGAAAAAACAUCCUGUGGCUUUUUCCAAAUACCCAGGUAUACGGUAUAUAUGGUAUACUGCCCAAGUCUAGUCAGUACCUCCUUCCACAACACUGUACUGUACAGUUACAUUGAGCAGCGAAGAGCGAGGCUGCCACACUAAUGCGUUUAACUAGCCAGGCUAACAGCUGUGUCUGGCUGCUUUGUGGUGGGCUUUGGGGCCUUGAUGGGGGCAGUUUUAUUGCCGGGGGAGAUUCAAAGUGCCAGGAACGAACGAGGCAGGACAGAGGGACCGAGGCAGUCAGGCCAGGCAGAUGCAGAGUAGUGGGACCACACGGUAUAUAAGGCUCUCAAGGGAAACAAUAUAUCACAUCCAGAUAGAGAGAGAGAGGAAGCUUCUGGCUGUGUUACAACAAAGCACCACUCCAGCCCAGAUAAGUUAAAUUAAUCGACGUGAAGUCAUCUCUGUGAAAGCCAUUGUCAGUGGCGGGCGGGACGAGUGGAGGUUAUUUACGACGCUAAAACACAGGUGAGUACCUGACACUGAUGAUUCUGUGGCUGCCACGUGCGGAGAAUGCCCUUCCAUUUUGCACAAUGCAGAUGAUGACUUUACGACGUCUUCUGAAUGAAUAGCUGUAACCUUGAGGUAGAGCUGCUCAGGUUCUCUAGCGUCAUCCCAUUGUUGUCUAAACAAGGGCAUUAUGGCAUCUGAUUAGUCCUCGUCACGGUAAUGAGAUAAUUGCAUUAUUGGACAUCUAGUACUAGACCAGUAUUACUCAUCAUGAUGCCUAAGACAUUCUUAUUAGCCAGAUAUAACUCAUCAUCAACAAAAUGAAGAUAAAAUGCAAAAAAAUAAUCUGGAAAUCAGGAUAGCGUCUAAAAAACCUUUUGUUAAGUUGAUAAUGAGAAGGGUUUAGUUGGAGGAAUCAGUCAGUGAUUGCCUCUUUCUGUUCCUGGAUUCCCAGUGUGUUCUCAAUGGACAGUCAGUCAGUUGUUGGUUCAGAUUGCUAGGGCUGCAUUCCCAAAUGCCACCCUAUUCCCUACAUGGUGCACUACUUUUGACCAGAGCCCUAUGGGCCCAGGUCAAAAGUAGUGCACUAUAUAAGGAAUAGGGCGCCAUUUGGGACACAGCCUAGGUUAUUAAUCCCUGUACUCUACGGGGAGUGGUCAGCACCAGAUGUAUUGACACUUCCUACCAGAAGGUUUUCUAGAUUAGCGGCAAAUCCUCCCUGAAAAAACCUUAUUUGGCACGCACAGCCAGACUUUGUGUUCGUCAACUCUGGGCCAAAGGAAGCAUCCCAGCCAUCCAUCCCUCCUCUUGUUCCUAUCCUCCUCUCUCCUUCUGGUCCUUUGGCCAGGAACCACCGCUUCCUUUUUUGGUGGGGAUGUACAUUUUUGUUGUUCUCAUGUAGCAUCUCUUGUGAGAGCCAGUGGAUUGACCUUGAUGACCCUCCCAGUCAGUGAUGAGGUCUUCAGAAACAAGACAUUUCCAACCCACUGUACCCGGAGGGCUUAAGUGAUGGUUGUCAUAGCGAUCGUUAUGCCACAUAGAACAGCCUCUCUCACGGGUGAAAGACGAUGACAAAGCUUUGAAUGCGGCAUCUUUCAGGUCACAACCUGGUUAUGACGGAGGCAGACGGAACCAGAAAAGACUGGAUGGAUAUGGUUGCGGUGCACACAAGACAAACAACAGACGUACAUCAAUGUCUGGUCUGUAUAGAUUUCAGGUUAGGAAUUGAGAUCGACAUUAUCUGCCACGCAGGCCAUGUCUUUCAUAGCUUGAGGAAAAAGCGAGAUGGGUAUUGGUGUGUGUUCCAAAUGGCACCCUAUUCCCUACAUAGCCUACUGGCCCUGGCCAAAAGUAGUGCACUAUGUAUGGAAUAGGGUGCCAUUUGGGAUGUAGCCUAGGUGUGACGGCGAGCAGCGGAGGGCGAACAAUGCCUCUUCAUUCCCACUGGCUGCCCUGGCCAGGCGUUUUAACAUGGAGAUUGGAAACAGAAACACCCCCCCCCCUUCCUCUCUUCCUCCCCUGGACCUGCAUGCAAAUGAAGGUUAGCCUCUCCUGCUGUGCCACUGCGAUUCUUCCCUCUCUUUUUUCUCUCCUUUUUCUAAUAGACGCAAACUGUCUCUGACUCCCCCCUCCUCCUCCUCUAUUCCUAGGGAAGAGGAAGAAGGAACCGGGACCAAUCCUGAUUAGUGUCCCUGUCCUGAGUGACAGGCUCGAAUCCAGGCAGGCACUGCCGCAGGCACCUCUGCCAAACUGCUGUCAACCCAAUACCACCAUAGAAAAAGCCAUAUUUUUUCCCCAAUUCAUUCGCCCCCCCAGGUCUCUAUCUCUCGGCUCUUUGCUCCAUGCUCACUCGCUCUCCCCAGCUCUCAUACACACAGACACACAUAGUCUCUCUCUUACACUGUCUCUUACACCCAUAGUGUUGUCAGUAACACACAUAGCUUUACUUUCUCACAACCACCCACCAUCUCUUUCUCUCGCUCUCUUUCUCUUUCUCUCGCUCUCUCUUUCUCUCGCUCUCUCUUUCUCUCGCUCUCUCUCGCUCUCUCUUUCUCUCGCUCUCUCUUUCUCUCGCUCUCUUUCGCUCUCUCUCUCUGGGGGUGACUGGCUGCUGUAGUGUGACCGGUCGACCGUGUUCUUGUGCCAGUGGGCUCAAUGUGAUUUACACUGGCUGGCUGGAGGACCGCCCCCCUCCCCCUUGUGUCCCCUCUCCAUCUCCCCCUGCCUCCCCUGUCUCAUACAGUAUGUCCCACCUCCCAUACACACACACUGCGCUCUGCUCUCUCACUCCUCUCUGUGUCUAAGUGGGCAGCCUGCCCCUCAGUGUGUUUGCCAGAAUGCUACGUACUAGUGGUGCUAGCUAUGUUAGCGUCAUUGUGCUACUUACAGUAAGCCCACCUCUUAGGGGUCAUCACUAGUUACCACAGCCACAAAGUCCUAAUUAUGUCUAAACCCUGCCUAUUUCUACAAUUUAUUUUCUUAAAAUAUGAUUUUAAACCUAACCUUAACCACACUGCUAACCUUUAAGCCUAACCCAAACCUGAAAUUAAGACCAAAAAGCAAAUGUUUGUUUUCAUGAAAUGAUAUAGCCAAUUUUGACAUUAUGGUAACUAGUGACAGCCACCUCUUAGUCUUGACGUCAGUCCUCCUGUUGUUUUACCAUUCACAGGGUUGUAUCUGUUCUGUUCUGGAACAGUGUUGUGUCAUGACACCCAUAUCUACUACAGGAAGGUCUUGGCAAAUUACCCCCAAAGUCAUGUUGUUGAUACCAAAUUUAUGGGAUGGAUGCUGGCAAGGUUCCCCUUCGGUAAUUAUUUAUAGUCCUAAAUUGUAGUGUGAUGAAGUGUUCACAUACUCUACAUAGGAACUCUACAGCAAUAUCAAACUGUAGCCUAAAUUUAGACUUUACUGUAUUUUGGCACAGUGAGUGAACUGUGCUUAGGGCUGUUGUGGUGACCGUAUUACCGCCACACCGGCAGUCAUGAGUCAUGACCGCAGUCAAAUUCCACUCUGGACAUGCUCACUAACGACCGUCAGGUUGCUAAUGGCCUGGUACUCAGCGCUCUAUUGUCCCUCUAAUCACAUUAAACACUAUCAUCAAAACAGUAUCAUGCUUUUGAAGAAAGAAGUUCAACAACUGGUUGAAACUGAGUGGAAAAUAUGGUCGUUGUGGAUGUUGUUUUCAAAGCCAAACACAACUAAAUGGACAGCGCUUUAAGUUGAUGAUUAAUUCAAAACACCCAUACGCAUAUUAAAGUUUAUGAAUAUGCAUAGGCCUAUAUAUGGAUACCAUGAAAUUGGGGAGAAAAAGGGGUAAAAAAAUAAAAUAUAUAUAUAUAUACAGUGGGGGGAAAAAAAGUAUUUAGUCAGCCACCAAUUGUGCAAGUUCUCCCACUUAAAAAGAUGAGAGGCCUGUAAUUUUCAUCAUAGGUACACGUCAACUAUGACAGACAAAUUGAGAAUUUUUUUUCCAGAAAAUCGCAUUAUAGGAUUUUUAAUGAAUUUAUUUGCAUAUUAUGGUGGAAAAUAAGUAUUUGGUCACCUACAAACAAGCAAGAUUUCUGGCUCUCACAGACCUGUAACUUCUUCUUUAAGAGGCUCCUCUGUCCUCCACUCGUUACCUGUAUUAAUGGCACCUGUUUGAACUUGUUAUCAGUAUAAAAGACACCUGUCCACAACCUCAAACAGUCACACUCCAAACUCCACUAUGGCCAAGACCAAAGAGCUGUCAAAGGACACCAGAAACAAAAUUGUAGACCUGCACCAGGCUGGGAAGACUGAAUCUGCAAUAGGUAAGCAGCUUGGUUUGAAGAAAUCAACUGUGGGAGCAAUUAUUAGGAAAUGGAAGACAUACAAGACCACUGAUAAUCUCCCUCGAUCUGGGGCUCCACGCAAGAUCUCACCCCGUGGGGUCAAAAUGAUCCCAAGAACGGUGAGCAAAAAUCCCAGAACCACACGGGGGGACCUAGUGAAUGACCUGCAGAGAGCUGGGACCAAAGUAACAAAGCCUACCAUCAGUAACCCACUACGCCGCCAGGGACUCAAAUCCUGCAGUGCCAGACGUGUCCCCCUGCUUAAGCCAGUACAUGUCCAGGCCCGUCUGAAGUUUGCUAGAGUGCAUUUGGAUGAUCCAGAAGAGGAUUGGGAGAAUGUCAUAUGGUCAGAUGAAACCAAAAUAGAACUUUUUGGUAAAAACUCAACUCGUCGUGUUUGGAGGACAAAGAAUGCUGAGUUGCAUCCAAAGAACACCAUACCUACUGUGAAGCAUGGGGGUGGAAACAUCAUGCUUUGGGGCUGUUUUUCUGCAAAGGGAUCAGGACGACUGAUCCGUGUAAAGGAAAGAAUGAAUGGGGCCAUGUAUCGUGAGAUUUUGAGUGAAAACCUCCUUCCAUCAGCAAGGGCAUUGAAGAUGAAACGUGGCUGGGUCUUUCAGCAUGACAAUGAUCCCAAACACACCGCCCGGGCAACGAAGGAGUGGCUUCGUAAGAAGCAUUUCAAGGUCCUGGAGUGGCCUAGCCAGUCUCCAGAUCUCAACCCAAUAGAAAAUCUUUGGAGGGAGUUGAAAGUCCGUGUUGCCCAGCGACAGCCCCAAAACAUCACUGCUCUAGAGGAGAUCUGCAUGGAGGAAUGGGCCAAAAUACCAGCAACAGUGUGUGAAAACCUUGUGAAGACUUACAGAAAACGUUUGACCUGUGUCAUUGCCAACAAAGGGUAUAUAACAAAGUAUUGAGAAACUUUUGUUAUUGACCAAAUACUUAUUUUCCACCAUAAUUAGCAAAUAAAUUCAUAAGAAAUCCUACAAUGUGAUAUUCUGGAUUUUUUUCUUCUCAUUUUGUCUGUCGUAGUUGACGUGUACCUAUGAUGAAAAUUACAGGCCUCAUCUUUUUAAGUGGGAGAACAUGCACAAUUGGUGGCUUACUAAAUACUUUUUUUCCCCACAGUGUGAUAAUAUAGAUAUAUAUAUAUAUAUAUAUAUAUAUAGAUAUAUAGAUAUAUAUAGAUAUAUUAUAUUAGUAUAUAUUAUAAACAAAAUAUUUUGGUUAAUUGCAGAUGUUAUCGCAGGUGCAGUGUAAAUGCUUGUGUUUUCUAGCACCAACAGUGUCGUAUACCUAUCAAUAAUAAUCCAAUAACAAUGGACAAAAGGGUCCUAUCUUGUCAGCCUUGUCAGUUUCAGUUCUCCAGUAAACUUGUGAUUAUCAACACUAACCUCAUCGUUGUGGCGGCGGACAGCUAGCCUGUAUCCCUCAUCCAGUUGAGUGGGAAUGUUCACUCUCCCCAAAGCAGACAAUCUCAAACAGCUAUCCAUGUGGGUCUUUGACAGCUCAUGUUUCUUAAUCUUUCCUGAAAGAUGGUGCAUGUCCGUUACACACCAGUCGCUGUCCAAGCGGUGCUGUCUGCCGUGCCGCCUUCAGGGUGAAAGAGUAAGCAGGGGGUAGCAGAAGACUGCAUUAGCUACAUCGCAGCCUGCUAGCCAGGUUUUUCGUUCGUACCAAUUUUUGGAAAAUCCUCGGGUGUAGGACUUCCCCCCCUUUAGUAGAAACCUGUUGAAUUAUUAAAUUUGGUCUGGGAGGUCCUAAUUGUUUCGUUGCCAAUUUAUCUUCAUUUGUUCGCCGACAAAAAGGAACUUCUUUCAAAGACACAAUCGAGUUGCACUGAAGCCUAGCCAUUUUGAUAGUAGUAGUGAAUUGAUUGACGAGGCUACCCGCUCUUUUCUUAGUUACGUUCAUGGUUAUGUUACGUAUGACGAAAGCGCGUAAGUGCAAGCCCUCAGAAACCCAUAGAGAUUGUAUUGAAAGCUCUGAUAUUUGAAAAAAAUAGAUUUUACAUGGGAGUCUAUGACAGACUUCUGGGCGAUUUUCAACCUGACUGAAAUCGCCCCAAAAGGGGGGGGGGGCCAUUUGAAGCACGACUUUAGCCUGAUUGGACAUUUAGUGGCACUGUGGCAGAUCAGACGUCUAGAUUACAACACUGAUAACUACUGUUGCCGUGAUAUAAUUGAUUAGAAAAAAAAUCCCUUCCUUUUCCCGUUUGGCAGUGCGUCGCCCAUAUCGCCCUAUUGAACACACCGCCCCUGCCUAGUAAUAAUAAUAAUAAUAAUAAUAAUAAUAGUAAAAGUAAAAAAUACACACAUAAUCCAGAAAAAAUCUAAAUUAAGAAAUACAAAUACAGUGCAUUCGGAAAGUAUUCAGACCCAGAUCCAAACGCCAUGCGCUACCAACUGAGCUACACAGGACUAACUAAAGUUGCGAAAUAACUCUAAAUCUAGCAUAUAGGACCUAUUUUAAAUGAUCAUUUUUAUGCUCAACAUUGCCACUUCAUAUGCGCACUCACUCCGGAAGGUAGUGUGUGGUGUAUAUUAAAUGGAUUUAUGAGACUUUUUUAAAAUGUAGAUGUUCCAAAGGCGCACAUCAGCGGCUUGUAUGGAGGCCUGGAGAUGCUAAAUGUGUUUAUGGUAAUUUAGGUCAAUUACCGUGAUACCGACAUCAUUUGCAUGACAAUAACCGUCUGACCAAAUGUCAUGACCUCCACAGCUCUAACUGUACUCCAUUAGUCUACAUAGCCUACAUACAUACUAGUAUCUAUGAUUGGUGACAUAGUGACAUAAUAAUAAUAAUAGUGAGGAUGCUAAGGGAAUGUCGGUGUAUUAUUGACAUUAAUUCUUAGCACUGCGACAUGGCUGUAAUGAGACAGAAUUAUUCCCAUUGAUUUACAUUUAAAAGCUAGUUGUCCGCCAACCUCUGCGAAAUAGGCCUGUCUUUGUGGUGGUUGCCAAAUCUGAAGCAACUUUGGACUGUAGGACACUGAAACUGUUGUUUUCACCUGAGUGUAGUAACCUAGGACUGGCCUAUAUCAAAAUGGGCUAUCUACCAAAUAUGCAAGUGGCAUUAAAAGUAUAGCCUAGUCAAUGUAGCCUACCUGGGCUGGGUUUCAGAAAAGCAUCGUAGCACUAAGAUAAUCUUUUGUCCAUUUAGUUUCUUAGUGCUACGACGCUUUUGGGAAACCCAGCCCUGACCUCUUUUCAGUGGUUGUAGUUUCUAUGACAACUGUAUCCUAUCAACUGUCCUUGUGACCUUUUCACUAUUCUGAAAAUAAUGCAAAUGUGGUAUUAAGCGUCAUAAUGUAUCCUCGUCUUAUAGCUUCCACUGUUGUACUACUGCUACUUGUUAUCGUUCACCAUGGUAAUGUUUAGGCUGAAUCAGGGUAUAAAAGUAACUUUUUGGUCCACCAGCCACUGUGGCAGGUAGAUAUAAAAAAUCUACCAGCCACUCAGGUUUUUUACCAGCCAAAAUAUCCCCAAAAUAUAUAUUUUCUGUGACCCGAGUCACCAGAAUAUCACAGAUGAGACAAAACAUUUCACCUGUCCCUUUAAGGGCGGGAAUAGGCUAUAUACUGUAGUUCUUUGACUUUGUACGAUAUUAAUUUACCAGCUUUGAAACAAGACUGCAGAAAUACUUUGAAAACAGCUACUGCAGCAUUCAUUUUACUCUAAAUGUGAUCAUACAUGACUGUUUUUAUUCACAAAUGCGAGUGAAAUGCCCGCACUGUGGAGCCCUGACCACCCGCCAACGUGGCUGGUGAAAUAGACAUCUUACCCGUCAAUGCCAAAAUCUACCCGCAUUUGGCAGGUGGCGGGUGUUAAUUUUAGACCCUGGGCUGAAUGGUAAAUUAAGAAAUAACCUGUUAAUUGCAAUUACAGGCACUCGGUGAGAACUGAGUAGCCUAUUUCUGUAGUGAAAGUGUAUGUGUGUGUGUCUCCCUGGCUGUAGUUUUUUUUGUGCUCUGUGAGGAGUUUUGACACAUCUAAGAUUAUGGGCAUGUGUUGUUUCUGUAACGUGAAACAAAUCUACAUUCUAAAAAUGGACGGGAAAAAUAAACGCGGUUGCAAAGGGCGCUCCAUCUGUGCUGAGGAAUUUCAGAGGUCUGGGGGCCUGGAGUCGACUCAUUCUCUUCCAAGAACACUUCUCCUUCCUCUUUCACCUCUGGCACGAGGCCCGAAGUACCCACAAACUGCCGGGGCCAAGGCCAACAGUACACAGAUGGUAAUAUGCUGCACUACAUUUCAAUUCGACGGACAGAACCGAACCACAGUCAUUACUGUAUAGCAGGGGUUGGCAACAGGCCAAAACCAGGCCGAUUUUUUGGGGGGGGCUGUAAAAUAGGCAGGAAUUCCGCUAAAUAUUAGUUUAAUUGAGGAAAUCCGUUCCGAAGUAUUCCCACAUAGAAAAAUACAUAUGUGAUUGUGUCUGUAAUCAAGGUAUGAAAUGAUUUGUUAUUUUCCAAUACAAUCUCUUUUUGGGAUUAGUCGUGGUCAAUUUGCAGUGUACAAAUUAUUAUAAUUAUUUUCGGCCCCCUGACUAUUCGCUACGACAAUAAUUGGCCUGUAGCUGAAUUGAGUUGCUGUAUAGUGGGUGUAUAUACAGUGGGGAGAACAAGUAUUUGAUACACUGCCGAUUUUGCUGGUUUUCCUACUUACAAAGCAUGUAGAGGUCUGUAAUUUUUAUCAUAGGUACACUUCAACUGUGAGAGACGGAAUCUAAAACAAAAAUCCAGAAAAUCACAUUGUAUGAUUUGUAAGUAAUUAAUUUGCAUUUUAUUGCAUGACAUAAGUAUUUGAUACAUCAGAAAAGCAGAACUUAAUAUUUGGUACAGACACCUUUGUUUGCAAUUACAGAGAUCAUACGUUUCCUGUAGGUCUUGACCAGGUUUGCACACACUGCAGCAGGGAUUUUGGCCCACUCCUCCAUACAGACCUUCUCCAGAUCCUUCAGGUUUCGGGGCUGUCGCUGGGCAAUACAGACUUUCAGCUCCCUCCAAAGAUUUUCUAUUGGGUUCAGGUCUGGAGACUGGCUAGGCCACUCCAGGACCUUGAGAUGCUUCUUACGGAGCCACUCCUUAGUUAACCUGGCUUUGUGUUUCGGGUCGUUGUCAUGCUGGAAGACCCAGCCACGACCCAUCUUCAAUGCUCUUUCUGAGGGAAGGAGGUUGUUGGCCAAGAUCUCGUGAUACAUGGCCCCAUCCAUCCUCCCCUCAAUACGGUGCAGUCGUCCUGUCCCCUUUGCAGAAAGCAUCCCCAAAGAAUGAUGUUUCCACCUCCAUGCUUCACGGUUGGGAUGGUGUUCUUAGGGUUGUACUCAUCCUUCUUCUUCCUCCAAACACGGCGAGUGGAGUUUAGACCAAAAAGCUCUAUUUUUGUCUUAUCAGACCACAUGACCUUUUCCCAUUCCUCCUCUGGAUCAUCCAGAUAGUCAUUGGCAAACUUCAGACGGGCCUGGACAUGCACUGGCUUGAGCAGGGGGACCUUGCGUGCGCUGCAGGAUUUUAAUCCAUGACGGCGUAGUGUGUUACUAAUGGUUUUCUUUGAGACUGUGGUCCCAGCUGUCUUCAGGUCAUUGACCAGGUCCUGCCGUGUAGUUCUGGGCUGAUCUCUCACCUUCCUCAUGAUCAUUGAUGCCCCACGAGGUGAGAUCUUGCAUGGAGCCCCAGACCGAGGGUGAUUGACUGUCAUCUUGAACUUCUUCAAUUUUCUAAUAAUUGCACCAACAGUUGUUGCCUUCUCACCAAGCUGCUUGCCUAUUGUCCUGUAGCCCAUCCCAGCCUUGUGCAGGUGUACAAUUUUAUCCCUGAUGUCCUUACACAGCUCUCUGGUCUUGGCCAUUGUGGAGAGGUUGGAGUCUGUUUGAUUGAGUGUGUGGACAGGUGUCUUUUUAUAUAGGUAACAAGUUCAAACAGGUGCAGUUAAUACAGGUAAUGAGUGGAGAACAGGAGGGCUUCUUAAAGAAAAACUAACAGGUCUGUGAGAGACGGAAUUCUUACUGGUUGGUAGGUGAUCAAAUACUUAAGUCAUGCAAUAAAAUGCAAAUUAAUUACUUAAAAAUCAUACAAUGUGAUUUUCUGGAUUUUUGUUUUAGAUUCCGUCUCUCACAGUUGAAGUGUACCUAUGAUAAAAAUUACAGACCUCUACAUGCUUUGUAAGUAGGAAAACCUGCAAAAUCGGCAGUGUAUCAAAUACUUGUUCUCCCCACUGUAGCUUACGCUAGCAGCUACCCCCGGAUGAGAGUGUGAUCUAGGCCAGGGUUUCCCAAACUCGGUCCUGGGGCUCCCCCUGGGUGCAUGUUUUGGUUUUUGCGCAAGCACUACACAGCCGAUUUGAGAUAAUCUAAGCUUGAUGAUGAGUUGGUUAUUUGAAUCAGCUGUGUAUUGCUAGGGCAAAAACCAAAACGUGCACCCAGGGCCGGCCCCAGGACAGAGUUUGGGAAACCCUGGUCUAGGCUAGCUCCUGAGCCACCAUGAACGAAGGGUUUUCCAGUUUCCACUUCCCCCAUGUUAUCUAUGUCAGAGACUGGAAACUGGAGUAUCCAUUUUGGCUCUGACAUGGAAAAAGUUGAUGGAUGGGUUUGUGGUUUAAGAGUGGGUUAUAUACUGAGUUGUGUGUGGACAUAAGCCUACUAUAGGUGUGUAGAUGAUUUAGAGUGUGGGCUACUAGGCUACUUUCUAACUCGGGUUGUUAAAAGCACAGUUCUAGUUAAGUGCUGUAUUUUUAAACUGGCAAAUGCCUGGUGGUGCUCCCAGAACUCCAAAGGGCAUGAACCCUUUUGAGUUUGCCCACACAUCACCAUCCCUAUCCCUCUGAGCCUGGAUCAGUGAGCUGUACUGAGAGCUGAAUAUCUCAGUCUUUAUCUCUUUCAAUCACUGAUCUCAGACCAGUCUCUCACUCACAACAUGGAUCAAGUCCCCUUGGGCUCUGGUCAAAUGGAGUGCACUAUAAAAGCAGUGCACUAUACAAGGAAUAGGGUGCCAUUUUGGACUCGACCUCAGAGAAACCCACGGGUGCAUUACCGGUGUAUGAACCUUGGAGUAUUUAUGACAAACAGCUGAAUAGUCAGUCAGUGACAUGGUGCCUUUUGUAAAGUGGGAUGUAUCGUGAUAGAUGCACUCCAACAAUUAUUUCACCCUUUUCCCCAAAAGAAAAGGAGGGAAAAUGUCCACUUAACAGAUUGAUGUCCCGUAUAAAGUCCUACGAAGGGGCUUUGAAUUUACAACCGCCGGUUCCGGCACAACCAGCUGGUUAUAUUUAGUCUGUGUGGUUUUUUUUUCACUCGCUCUCACACACACACAAGCACACUGUCUUUUUCCAACAGGACAAACUGAGAGAGAGGGAAAUACUGAGGAGAAGAGGAAGAGGGAGAGAUCCUGACAGAGCAAGAGAAGGAAAAAAAGGAAGUCAUCCUGUUGUUGAAGUUCCAAUGAAUGGAAUUACCUUCCUCUCCGGGAUGGAGCGCUAACUGUUAGUGGUUUACAGCGACGUGCGCCUGCUGGUGGAUAGAGCUAGCUGGGGUCUCUCCCACCAUAUUGUCCGGCGGCGCACGCUAAUAAGGCAGGAGCCCUGACCACAGGGCGCGCUCAUUAGCAUAGCCCGCGGACAUGGCAACCCCCGCCAGGUCUCAGCAUGGACACUUAAUUACCGCCACAGUGCCUUCUCAUUUCUACACUCCGCCUCCUCACUACACUCACCCCUCCUCCCUUGUAGUACACCCCUCUAAUCUUCCCUCCACCCCCGGUUCCUCCUUCCCCCUCGUACAGUAUACACCCCCUAACCCAGGCCAACAGCAGCCAUCCACUCCGAGUCAAAGGAGAGCAUGCUGGGAUAGCCCAGGUGUGGCUAAAGCUGUGCUGGCUGUGUGGUGUGUUCCAUUGCUGUGCUGGAUUUAAAUAGCCUGUCCGAGUGGUGGACUUGACUGUCACAGGUCUUGAACCCACCCCCUUCAUAUUCUACUUAUGUCUCUGUCUCUCUUCUCCCAUGUGUCUCUCUCUCUGUCUCUCUCUCUCUCUGUCUCUCUGUCUGUCUAUCUGUCUGUCUGUCUCGCUCUGUCUGUCUGUCUCGCUCGCUCUGUCUCUCUCGCUCUGUCUACUGUAAAGCUUCUGGUCAUGUCUCUCCUCUUGGCAUUAUAGUGGCACUAUUGAUGCUUCUACUCCAGACUUAAUCGGCUAAUGGCCUCCCUCCCUGUCUUCCUCCACUAUUUGCCCCUUCCUCCCUCCUUCCACCCUAGCCCGGGCCUGGAGGUCAGCAGGGCCGUUUUGUAUGCCCUGCUAAGUCACAGAAUAGUUGCAGUGUGUCUGUCGGUAGCUAGGCGAAACCUCAUGCAAGUCAUGUGGUCUGGUGACCUACGGAACAACCCCCACCUCCUCCCCCAGCAUCCCCCUCCGGCACAGGGAUCAUUGUGCCUGAUGAGGCAGGCUGAAAUCUGGUUGACUCCACUGUCUGGCUGCAGUGACUGCAUGGGCCCAGCACAGUAACACCACUCCCCCAGACAGUCCGGAACAGCCACAUCAGCCAAAAUAUAACCUGCCAUCAUGUUCAAACUCUGAGACAGUUGACAUGGGGUUGCACUGUCUCGUCUUGUAUACAAUAAAAUGAGGAAUGAGCUGUGAUGCACUUGUCCCUCUCUUUGACUUGUAUACACUUCUUCCUCGAAACAUCUCAAAAUAGAUAGCUUGACCUCUUCCUCACAACGUAAAUAAACCCACUACACAGUCACAUGAAGCAAUGUUCCUCUUAGUUGGCAGUUACGUCAUCAGCUUUGAACUUGAACCAGGAAGCAGUGUUGUGUUAGCUAACCCAGUAGCACAGACCGUAGCAGCAGUCUGUUCAGUCUCUCUCCCUGAUAUGUCGCUAUACAUCUCUGUCCUGGGGAGAAUACACACACACACACUGUACAGCACACACAGUACAGCACACACAUAUACAGCAGCACUGAAUCACCCGGUUGUGUGUGUAGUGUAGUGAGUGUGUGUGUGUAGUGUGGUGAGUGUUAACAGACCCGGACUGCUGAGUACCCUGCAGCUGUUUGUCUCAACAUGCAAGUCAUCCCCGCCAUUACACCGCUAAAUGGUUCUCUUUCACACUGAGGAAGGCAAACAGACAGAUGCUCUCUGCUUCUCUCUCUCUCUCUCUCCUCUCUCUCUCUCUCUGCCGCUCUCUUCUCUCUCUGCCGCUCUCUCUCUCUCUCUGCCGCUCUCUCUCUCUCUCUGGCCGCUCUCUCUCUCUCUUUGCUCUUCCUCUCCUCUCUCUGUCUCUCUCUCUCUCUUGCCGCUUUCCUCUCUCCCCUCUCUGCCGUUUCUCUUUUCUCCUCUCUCGGCCGCUCUCCCUUCCCCUCCCCUCCCCGGGCCUCCCUCCCCUCUCUCUCCCCUCUUUCUCUCCCGCCCCCUUCUCUCUCCCCGCUCUCUCUUUUCUGCCGCCUUCUCUUUUCCUCCCGCGUUUUCUCUUUCUUUUCUGCCGUCUCCUCUCUUUUCUUUGGGGGCCUCUCUCCUCUCUCUUUUUUUUUCCCCCCGCUUUUCUCUCUUCUGCCUCUCUCUCUCUUUUUCUUGCCGUUCUUCUGGGCAUUGCCGCUCUCUUUUCUCUCCUCCGCUUCUCUCUCUCUCUUCUUCUGCCGCUCUCUUUUCUUUUCUUCCCCGUUUCUUUUCCUCUCUUCUGCCGCUCUCUCUCUCUUCUCCCGCUCUCUCCUCUCUCUCUUUUUCUUUUUGGCAUCUCUUGCCCCUCUCUCCUCUCUUCUCUCCUCUUCUGGCCCCCUCUCUCCUAUCUCUUUCUCUCUCCCCCUCUUCCCUAUCUUCCCCUAUUUUUGGGUUUUUUUCCCCUGGUCUCUUCUUUUGUCUUCUUUCCUUGUUCUCUCUCUUUCCCUUUUGGGCCUUUUCUUUUUCUCUGCCCCUCUCCCCUUCUCUCUCUUUUGCCUCUCCUCUCUCUUUUCCCCUCUCUUUUCUUCCCUCUCGCUCCCCUUUCUCUUUUUGCCCGUCUCUCUCUCUCCGUCUCUCCUUUUGCCGCUCCCCUCUCUUUUGGGCCGCGCUCUCCCCUCUCUCUAUCUUCCCUAUCUUUUGGCUUCUCCUGGGCCCCCUUUUAGCACCCCUGUAAGUCUUUCAUUUCGGGGGAAAUUUAUGUUUGCCCCCCCCAGCCCUUUGGGCUGUGUGUGUGUGUGUGGGGGUGUGGUGGGGGUGUAAAAUAAAAUUUUUAUUUGAAUGCUGUUUUAAACAACAGGUGUAGACUAAACAGUGAAAAAGGGUUUCUUAAGGGGCCCUUUCCCCUCAACACAAAAAGAAGGGGGAAAAUAUAAAUAUAAUAACAGGAGGAAUUAAUAAACAAUGAGUAAUGAUAACUUGGCUGGAGUCUUCUGACAACUUUUAGGGCCUUCCUCUGACACCGCCUGGUAUCUGAAAUUAGCCCACCCAACUACCUCAUCCCCAUAUUGUUAUUUAUUUUGCUCAUUUGCACCCCAGUAUCUCUAUUUGCACAUCAUCUCUUGCACAUCUAUCAUUCCAGUGUUAAUACUAAUUGUAAUUAUUUUGCACUAUGGCCUAUUUAUUGCCUUACCUCCAUAACUUGCUACAUUUGAACACACUGUAUAUAUAUUUUCUGUGGUAUUUUUGACUUUAUGUUUUGUUUUACCCCAUAUGUAACUCUGUGUUGUUGUUUUUAUCGCACUGCUUUGCUUUAUCUUGGCCAGGUCGCAGUUGUAAAUGAGAACUUGUUCUCAACUGGCUUACCUGGUUAAAUAAAGCCUGGGGAAAUAAAAUAAUAAUAGAGAUGCAGCCAGUCAAGAUGCUUUCAAUGGUGCAGCUUUUAUAAAAUUUUUAGGAUCUGAGGGCCCCUGCAAAAUUUUUUCAGCCUUUUGAGGGGGGGGCCAAAGGGAUUGUCGUGCCCAUUUCCCGAACCCGGGUUUUUUUAUGGGACCAUGAUAAUUUAAAAGGAACAUGAAGGUGUUGACUGCUCCACCCAAAGCACCCCUUAUGUGGAUGGGGGGGUUUUGGCCCCCAUUUCCCCGUUUUCCCUCCCUGGGGUGUCUGUCCCGAGUCGGGGGGUUUUUUAAGCUUUUUUACCCGGACUGUGCCCAAAAAAACCCCCCCACUACCCGGUUUUGAGAGAAGUGCCCCCCCCCCCCCCCCCCCCCCCCCCCCCCCCCCCCCCCCCCCCCCCCCCCCCCACUACCAAUGUACGGGAGAGGGCUGUUUCCCCCCCCCCAAAACCCCUGUUUUUGUAGAGACUGUGCCCCCCCCAAAACCACUGUACUGUAGAGACUGUGGGUCCCCAAUAACCCCUGACGUAGAGACUGUGUCCCCCCCCAAAACCCCUUUUUUGGGGACUUGUAGGACUGUUUUCCCCCCCCAAAAACCCCCUGUACUGUAGAGGGCGUGUCCCCCCCAAAACCGUGUACUGUAGAGAUGUUUUCCCCCCCAAAACCAUGUACUGUAGAGGGCUGUGUCCCCCCCCCAAAACCCCCUGUACUGUAGAGACCCGUGUCCCCCCCCUACCACUUUUUUACGUAGAGACUGUGCCCCCCCAAUACCCCCUGUUUCGGGAGAGACUGUUUCCCCCCCCAAAACCCCCUUACGUAGGACUGUGCCCCCCCCCCUUUCCACUGAAAAAGGUUUGAGGGGCGGCCCCCCCAUACCACUGUACUUUAGGGACUGGGCCCCCCCUUUCCCCCGUACUGGAGAGAAUUUUUUUCCCCCCCCCCCCCCCCCCCCCCCCCGUAAACCUUUUUAGAGAUGGGUCCCCCCCCCAAACCAUGACUGUAGAGAUGGUCCCACCCAAUACCAAUUUUACUGUGAGAGACUGUGUCCCCCCAAUACCACUGUACUGUAGAGACUGUGUCCCCCCCCAUACCACUGUACGGUAGAGACUGUGCCCCCCCCAUACCACUGUACUGUAGAGACUGUGCCCCCCCAUACCACUGUACUGUAGAGACUGUGUGUCCCCCCCCCCAAUACCACUGUACUGUAGACACUGUGCCCCCCCCCCCCAAUACCACUGUACUGUAGAGACUGUGUCCCCCCCAAUACCACUGUACUGUAGAGACUGUGUCCCCCCCCCAAUACCACUGUACUGUAGAGACUGUCCCCCCCCCCCCCCAAUACCCACUGACUGUAGAGACUGUGCCCCCCCCCAAUACCACUGUGCUGUAGAGACUGUGUCCCCCCCCAAUACCACUGUACUGUAGAGACUGUGCCCCCCCCAAUACCACUGUACUGUAGAGACUGUGUCCCCCCCCCAAUACCACUGUACUGUAGAGACUGUGUCCCCCCCCCCAAUACCACUGUACGUAGAGACAUCCCCCCACCAAUACCACUGUACUGUAGAGACUGUGUCCCCCCCCAAUACCACUGUACUGUAGAGACUGUGUCCCCCCCCAAUACCACUGUACUGUAGAGACUGUGUCCCCCCCCAAUACCACUGUACUGUAGAGACUAUCCCCCCCAAUACCACUGUACUGUAGAGACAGUAGGGGGGGCAUCAAAGGGCAAGAGAGAUGAAGGAGAGAAAGGGGAGGGUUCAAAUUCAUCCCCCUCUCUUUACCCCUCCAUAAUAAUAAUAAUAAUAUGCCAUUUAGCAGACGCUUUUAUCCAAAGCGACUUACAAUCAUGCGUGCAUACAUUUUUUGUGUGUGGGGGGGUCCCGGGGAUCGAACCCACUACCUUGGCGUUACAAGCGCCGUGCUCUACCAGCUGAGCUACAGAGGACCACACCCUCCACACCCUCCACUGUGUACUCCUGAGACCUCGGGUCAGCAAUCUAGCCAUUUCCCGCUAACGACGUUACAGCCAUUAGGGCCUGGCUGCUUUCUUUCUGUAGCAUGUCACAUGGACACGGGUCAUGCCACUGUACUGUAGAGACUAUCCCCCCCAAUACCACUGUACUGUAGAGACUAUCCCCCCCCAAUACCACUGUACUGUAGAGACUAUCCCCCCCCAAUACCACUGUACUGUAGAGACUAUCCCCCCCCAAUACCACUGUACUGUAGAGACUGUGACCCCCCCUAAUACCACUGUACUGUAGAGACUGUGUCCCCCCCAAUACCACUGUACUGUAGAGACUGUGUUCCCCCCAAUACCACUGUACUGUAGAGACUGUGUGUCCCCCAAUACCACUGUACUGUAGACUGUCCCCCCCACACUGUACUGUAGAGACUAUCCCCCCAAUACCACUGUACUGUAGAGACUGUGUCCCCCAAUACCACUGUACUGUAGAGACUGUGUGUCCCCCAAUACCACUGUACUGUAGACUGUCCCCCCCACACUGUACUGUAGAGACUGUCCCCCCCCCCUCCAAUUACCACUUUAUUGUAGAGACUGCGUCCCCCGUCCCCCCCCAAUGCCACUGUACUCUAGAGACUGUGUCGUCGUCCCCCCCCCCCCCCCCCCCCCCCCCCCCCCCCCCCCCCCCCCCCCAAUACCACUGUACUGUAGAGACUGGAAGGGGUGGUAGGAGGGGCUUUGGGUUGUUUUUAAUCAUAUCCUCGGCUGUACAGUAAUGUGUAGUCUUGGGCUAGUACAGUGUGUGUGUUGGUGCGCUUUUCUCACUGUACAGUGUGUGUACAGUCUAGUAAGUAUGUGCGCGCUCACUGAGCCCAUGACAAAGCCCCCCCUCCCCUCGGAGCCUGGGCCAGAGCCGUGACCUUGGGAAAUGUCAGCCCGCCCACGGGGUGGCCCUGCCUGUGUCACACAAAGCCGUGGUGGCGGGGUGCGGCAGAGGGAGCGCUGUAGCGUUACGGCUAGCCUAGCGUCACUCGGCCUAGAGGUGUAGUGUUGCGUGGAGGAGCCUCGAGAGAUCAACACUAAACCCACGAAGGAGAGCGAGAAAGAUGGGGAGAGUUAGGGAAAAGAGAGGGGGAGGGCAGCAAAGGGCAAGAGAUGAAGGGAGAGAGGGAGAAGGAGAGAAAGGGGAGGGUUCAAAUUCAUCCCCCUCUCUUUACCCCUCCACUGUGUACUCCUGAGACCUCGGGUCAGCAAUCUAGCCAUUUCCCGCUAACGACGUUACAGCCAUUAGGGCCUGGCUGCGUUCUUUCUGGAGCAUGUCACAUGGACACGGGUCAUGCCUCGCAUACUUCUCCCCUCUGGCCCGGCUCAGGUGACUAAAAGCUUUCAGGGGGAGUGAACGGCAGCCUUGGAAAAACAGUAGGUCUUAGACCCGCUGACAUUCUCUCUCACGCGCACGCUCUCGCUCUCUCUUUCUCUCCCUCUCUUUCUCUCUCUCUCCCUUUCUCCGCUUAAUGGCGUCUUAGGAAAUGUAAGGAGGUGAAGGAAGUCACACACAAAGGGUGCGCGCGCACACACACACAGGAACUGUGGAAAAAAAGAGCGGUCAGGUCUGUGGUGUCCUGUCCUCCUAUAAGUGUACAACAUCUUAUUUUUCCUGCCCUAACCUCUGCCACAGAGUGUGUGUGUGUGUGUGUGUGUGUGUCCUGACUCCUGUGUGUGAGAGAUGGAGUGUGUGCUAGUGUCCCAGUGUGGUGGGUAGACCUGUAGCUGUGCAUGUGCACUCGGUUAGAGCGGUCGGGCCACGGUUGCGGUCACCUCUCUGGCCCAUAGUCGGUGACGACCAGACCAGAUGUGAGCUGACUCUAAUGAUCCCUGCGGGUCACCGGGCGGGGUUGCCGAGGCAACCGCUUUCCCCUCUGCCUGUAAACAGAGAAGCAACCCACGUGUUCUUAUAUAGGGUCGUCAGGGUGAAGACUAGCCUUGAUGUGUGUGAGCGAGAGAGAAGAGAGCUCAAAUGAUGUUGUGUGUGGAGAGGAGAGAUUGUGUAUCAGUGUCAUGGCUUCUUCUGACCUUUUUUUGUUGUUGUUCCCGCUCUCUGUUUUCUUCGGUUGAUGCUCCAUGGGUUAAUUUUUAGUUGAAGCCUCUGUACUGUACUGGUGGGUGGUGGGUGGGGGGGUCAGUAAAGUUUUGACAUUUUCUUCGCCCAGGCUUGUUGCUUUUUGACAUAUUUGUAUGGAAAGGGGUUAAUAUGUAUCAGGAAUACUCACUUUCUUUUGUUCGCCCUUGUCUGGCAAGCUGUAAUGUUUUGCUUAUGAAUAUUGAUACACCAAGUGUAUAUUAAUGACCCUGGGUGACCUUAACCCUAUCCUUAUUGGCUCCCUGGUGGGAUCUGCAUCGUCAUGAAUAUUCAACAGGCUCUGUAACCUCCAUUACCCUAAUCUUUGCUGUCUAGCCUCCCAGAAGGUCCUGUCGUCAUGGUAACCCCAUUACUAGACUCCUUAGGAAAAAAAUUUGACCCUGGGAAAAAAAAAUAUGUUGAAAAUAAAGGAUUGAAAAAUCAUCUAAGUUAUUUUAUCCACCGUUGCUGGCGAUUCUCAGUGCUGAGAGAAAGGCUUGGGGAAAGCUGGUGGAUUUUGUUGCAUUAAAGCUCCUUGGAUUUUCAGUGUUAUUAUGAUUUUCUUCAGUCAUUGCCAAGGCAGUGAGUUACCCCUUGCUGAGAGCGCCGACGUCUAUUUGGUAUCUUUAAUAGGCUGUUCCCUUUGUACUUAGCUGGUAAAUGGAAUUGAGAGUGCUCACUUGCGAUAAGGAGAUGUCAGAAUGAGUAUAUAGUGUAGUAGUCUGGCUCACUUUGUAAUCCAGGGGACAGGUGACUGCUGAUUGUUGACUUACAUCGUCAAACCUCAAGUCAAGGCUGUUCAAUUCAAUGCCUCCUAGAUUGUCAUUUAAUGAUGCACUCUCAAACCUUUGUAUAAUUUUUGCCAGUAGUUUUGAAAUUGGUUCCACCAAAGGUGGUCCCCAUUUUUUGUGUACUGCGUCAUCAAAUUGUGUACUACGUCGUCCAUUUUGUAUGAUAUGUUACGUCCUGCAAUUUUAUUGUAAUUUGUUUUGUGCAAUUUGUACCAUAUGUUACAAAUGUAUUGUGCUUAAGAUCCUGGAGUUCAUCUUUAAUGACAAAAUCUGGUCCUUUCCUGGGUAAUGUUCAUUAGGGAACACUGUAGCAAAACGUUGUAGAACAGAAAAAACUAAAACAAGUGUUCUCCUGAGUGGCGCAGUGGUCUAAGGCACUGCAUCGCAGUGCUAACUGUGUCACUAGAGAUCCUGGUUCGAAUCCAGGCUCUGUCGCAGCCGGCCGCGACCGGGAGACUCAUGGGCGGCGCACAAUUCGCCCAGCGUCGUCCAGGGUAGGGGAGGGAAUGGCCGGCAGGGAUGUAGCUCAGUUGAUAGAGCAUGGCGUUUGCAACGCCAGGGUUGUGGGUUCGACGCCAGGGUUGUGGGUUCGAUUCCCACGGGGGGCCAGUAUAAAAAAAUAUGUAUUCACUAACUGUAAGUCGCUCUGGAUAAGAGCGUCUGCUAAAUGACUAAAAUGUAAAAUGUAAAAUGUUUUCAUAUUGGAUAAGUUCAGGGAGCACCUCCCCGUUUCCCUCCGUUUAUGACCCAAUGAACAUGACCCUGGUUUGUCCUCAGCUCUGGUCAUGAUGAUCCCUUUCUCCCUGUUUCCAUCUCAGUAAAACAUCUCUCUUUUCCUCUCACCAAACUUUUCCCUAAACGUCUCAUCUUCUUCUUCUCUUCUUCUCUCCUGUAGAUGUGGACAGCGUCGAGGAGGGUGGGCCCGACGGGGGCUGCUGUCCCGUGGAGGAGGACGGCGGUGGUGGCUGGUACGGGAACGCCUCCGACACGCGCUCCGAGUCGUCGUACGGCGGCGACAUCCAUGACGACCAUGAGCUGUUCCUCCGCGGGGGCUCCUCCCCCACCCCCUCCCCAGACCGACCUCCGGAACACCCCGACACGUCGACCGAGAGUUCCCUGGGGGGCUGCCCUACGCCUGUUCACAGCCACCACCACCACCACCACCACCGGGCCUCCCUGGAGCUCCUGAGCCUGGGGGUGGACGGAGGGGUGUUCUCUGCCCAGGAUACCCUUUCCUCCGUGGUGUCCUCUCUCUAUGGAGAGGCUGCCUCCGAGGCCCUGGGGAAACCCCUGAGCAGUAACCUGCGGCGUCUCCUAGAGGCUGGGUCAUUGAAGCUGGAUGGGGAACUUCUGGGGAGAGUGAGAGGUGGGGGAGGGGGAGGAGAGUCACCCCCUAUAGGCUUAGCCCCAGCCCUGACCCUCUCCCCCUCCUCCCAUCAUGCUCAGCAGCUAAGUGCCCUCGCCCGAAAACUGGCGGCCAAUAACAACAACAACAACAGUGGAGGCUCCGCCUCGGUCUCGCCUGCCUCUAUUGCCAUGUCGACCACCGCCAUCAAGCAGGAGCCCUGCGACCCCUUCGCCUCGGUGGUCGCCCCGAGCAACGGCGCCGGCUUCGUGUGGGUGGGAGUGGCCGGCGACGGGAAGUGGCCCCCGGCGGGUUGUUCCGCCUCUGGCGGCGGGUCCAGCCUAUCACCGGACUCCGCCAUCCAGAAGCUGAAAGCGGCAGCCAACGCGGUUUUACAGGACAAGAACGCCACCGUAGCGGCCUCAUCUACCUCCUCUUCCUCAUCCUCUUGCUCCACAGUACCCACCCUGGGAGGAGGAGGGAGCCGGGGAGGAACGGACGACUCGGUACGCUUCGAUGCCUUCACCUCCCCCUUCAGCCCUCAGUCGGCCAGCUCCACGCUAGCCGCCCUGUCCAAGAAGGUGAGCGAGCGCUCUCAUACCUCCUCCACCUCCUCAUCAUCAGACCACCAACACCAACCCUCCCCCGGCUCCUCCUUCCUCUCCCUGGUCUCCAUGACUUCCUCAGCUGCGCUCCUCAAGGAGGUGGCGGCCCGGGCGGCAGGGAACCUCCUUGCUGAUAAGAUGGAAUCCCCGCUGGGGGCCCCAGCAGGAGGAGGGGCCCACCAGGAGGACAUCAAGCCCCUGCUGGACAGGAACCAGAAUGCAGGGACCCCCACAGGGCCCCAGAGCACCAUGGACCUGCUGCUGCCCUCCACCCCCAAGGGAAGGGCCAAACCCAGCAGCCAAGCAGGUAGGCUAACCCACCCUGACCCUCCACAUUUUCUUCCUGAGGUGGCAUUUGUUGUCUAUAAGCCUUAUGGUGAGUUUUUGGAUAUACAGUAGCUAGCUACAUUCAGAUUUUUUGCAGUUUGGGAAAUGUAAUAGUGCGUUUAUCAAGAUAUUAUGUCAGCUACAUUUUGUUGUCUUUGUGACAAGGUCAGAAACAUUGGAACAUUGUGACAUACAAAGUGCCCCUAUCCAUCAAUCCCAGAAGGUCUGUUUCUCUAGCAAGGUUUUAUACAACAACGAACCGUUGUGGAAGACCUUCCCACCCCCAGGUUGAACAGAAUAACAACAGUAGAUUUUUUUCAUUUCAAUCAGUUAUUUCACCUUGCAUUUUUAAAGGUUGUUUGUCAGUACUAGUUUAUUUCACCUUGCACAUCCUGAACUGUCCUCUAUAAAGAGAUGUGAUAGUUCAUUGCCUCAGAUAUCAAAUCCUCUUCAGCUUUUCAACUUGAUUUGAAACCAUCUUUUACAGAUAUUCUCCAAGCUUCUGCUUAUUAUAUGGAAUUAAAGCUAGUCGCUAAGCGAAUGUCCUAAUAUGUUUAAUCCCUUUAUAUUACACUAUACAGUGGGGGAAAAAAAGUAUUUAGUCAGCCACCAAUUGUGCAAGUUCUCCCACUUAAAAAGAUGAGAUGGCCUGUAAUUUUCAUCAUAGGUACACGUCAACUAUGACAGACAAAAUGAGGAGAAAAAAUCCAGAAAAUCACAUUGUAGGAUUUUUAAUGAAUUGAUUUGCAAAUGAUGGUGGAAAAUACGUAUUUGGUCAAUAACAAAAGUUUCUCAAUACUUUGUUAUAAACCCUUUGUUGGCAAUGACACAGGUCAAACGUUUUCUGUAAGUCUUCACAAGGUUUUCACACACUGUUGCUGGUAUUUUGGCCCAUUCCUCCAUGCAGAUCUCCUCUAGAGCAGUGAUGUUUUGGGGCUGUCGCUGGGCAACACGGACUUUCAACUCCCUCCAAAGAUUUUCUAUGGGGUUGAGAUCUGGAGACUGGCUAGGCCACUCCAGGACCUUGAAAUGCUUCUUACGAAGCCACUCCUUCGUUGCCCGGGCGGUGUGUUUGGGAUCAUUGUCAUGCUGAAAGACCCAGCCACGUUUCAUCUUCAAUGCCCUUGCUGAUGGAAGGAGGUUUUCACUCAAAAUCUCACGAUACAUGGCCCCAUUCAUUCUUUCCUUUACACGGAUCAGUCGUCCUGGUGCCUUUGCAGAAAAACAGCCCCAAAGCAUGAUGUUUCCACCCCCAUGCUUCACAGUAGGUAUGGUGUUCUUUGGAUGCAACUCAGCAUUCUUUGUCCUCCAAACACGACGAGUUGAGUUUUUACCAAAAAGUUAUAUUUUGGUUUCAUCUGACCAUAUGACAUUCUCCCAAUCCUCUUCUGGAUCAUCCAAAUGCACUCUCUCUAGCAAACUUCAGACGGGCCUGGACAUGUACUGGCUUAAGCAGGGGGACACGUCUGGCACUGCAGGAUUUGAGUCCCUGGCGGCGUAGUGUGUUACUGAUGGUAGGCUUUGUUACUUUGGUCCCAGCUCUCUGCAGGUCAUUCACUAGGUCCCCCCGUGUGGUUCUGGGAUUUUUGCUCACCGUUCUUGUGAUCAUUUUGACCCCACGGGGUGAGAUCUUGCGUGGAGCCCCAGAUCGAGGGAGAUUAUCAGUGGUUUUGUAUGUCUUCCAUUUCCUAAUAAUUGCUCCCACAGUUGAUUUCUUCAAACCAAGCUGCUUACCUAUUGCAGAUUCAGUCUUCCCAGCCUGGUGCAGGUCUACAAUUUUGUUUCUGGUGUCCUUUGACAGCUCUUUGGUCUUGGCCAUAGUUGGAGUUUGGAGUGUGACUGUUUGAGGUUGUGGACAGGUGUCUUUUAUACUGAUAACAAGUUCAAACAGGUGCCAUUAAUACAGGUAACGAGUGGAGGACAGAGGAGCCUCUUAAAGAAGAAGUUACAGGUCUGUGAGAGCCAGAAAUCUUGCUUGUUUGUAGGUGACCAAAUACUUAUUUUCCACCAUAAUUUGCAAAUAAAUUCAUUAAAAAUCCUACAAUGUGAUUUUCCGGAAUUUCUUUCUCUCAAUUUGUCUGUCAUAGUUGACGUGUACCUAUGAUGAAAAUUACAGGCCUCUCAUCUUUUUAAGUGGGAGAACUUGCACAAUUGGUGGUUGACUAAAUAAUUUUUUCCCCCACUGUAUAAGGACAUACACAUUUUAUUUAUUGUAUUACGGAUGCCCCACUUCACAUAAACAAAUUAUAAAUAAAUUGAGCGUUUUUUAAAAUGUAUUUUAUUAAUAAGAAAUUAUUAUUUUAAACUAUUCUUUUUGACAACUUGAAUGAUUCGCGUCACAAUUGUAGUGGUAGGGAUUCGGUUCAAUCGCGGUGAAUCGAAUCAUGCGAAUCAAAAUAAUAAUUUGUGAACCGUGAACAGUAAAAUAAAAAACGUAGUAGUCUUCCUUUUGGAUUAAGUCGCUGAAAAACGUGUUUUGUAGAUACUUUAAGUUGAUUUGGACAGCUAGUCAGUAGUCAUCUUGCAGUGAACUCUUCUAAGGUAAGAUAAAUGACUAAACUAGAAUAGGUACAUUUCCUGAAGAAAAUGUGUGUGCUUGCUUCAGCUGUCAAAAAUUUUUUUUUUAUAGAAGUGGGAGUUGUUAAAUGAAGAAUUCAAGCUAAAUAGAAGCUGAAGCAGUUCAAUAUAGUAAGAAUAGGUCUGAUUACUUUAGUUGAAUGCUAUAUAUUUCAGCUAGCACAUCAAUUAUGAACAAUUUGUAGGGUCCCCUGACUGGGACUCAAACCCUGGUCCCUGUGACUGUCAUAAUAAAAUGGCUAAAAUCUCUUGGUGAGGUCUCUAGGUUUGUAUUUAUUUUAUUAAUGUAUUUUUUACAUUUUUGCUCGCUCGCCCCACUUUGUAGAGAGCGAGAAUCCCCUCCCCGUCUUGCCUGAGUCUGGGAAAAGGUUUGUGGGCCUGGCAGGGGGUCCAACCUAGACCGUUUGCCCUCGGAUCUGCAGUCUGCCAAAGAGGGCCGGCAGUGUGUGCUCUCAGCACAGUAGGAACCGGGUGUCCAUAUCCAUCUCUGUUCUGCAGACGCUUCUGGCUCCAACAACCUCCCUUUACCAGUCAACUCUGUACAGACUGGUGGAGGUUGGAGCCAGAGGAGUCUGCAGUCAGGGCCUUCUCCUCAGAUCAGCAUUCAGCAGAUUCCCAGCCAAACACAAUCCCAUCAGAGUUUACACUGGGCAAGUGCAGAACAGACUAUGGGAGGUGCACAGUACUACAUAGAGCCAUGGCUACAUGGAACUCUAUUCCACAUCAGGUAACUGAUGCAAGCAGUAGAAUCAGAUUUAAAAAACAGAUAUAAAGAAACCUUGUGGAACAGCAGGGACUGUGAAGAGACCCACACACACACAGACACACGCAUACACAUACUAACUCACUCACUCUGCACACACAUACACAUGGAUUUUGUGUUGUAGAUAUGUGGUAGUAGAGUAGUGGCCUAAGGGCACACUUAAUGUGUUGUGAAAAGUGUUAUGAAAUGUAAUAUUUGUAAUUGUAUAUAACCGCCUUAAUGUUGCUGGACCCCAGGAAGAGUAGCUAAUGGGGAUCCUUAAUAAAUACAAAAUACAAUACCCACACGCACGUACACACACACAACCCUCUCUCUCUCUCUCUCUCUCUCUCUCUCUCUCUCUCUCUCUCUCUCUCAAAAUGAGCAGCCUUUAGGGAGAACAGUGGAGUGUGUUCCAGGUGAGAUGGAUGGGCACUUUUGAAGGAUUGUGUCGUAACCCUUUAGCCGACUCUAAAAUGGCUGGAUCAAAUUGACUUGAGACAGAUGAGAGGGAGAGAGGCAGUCGAUGUAAUAUUCUGUGAUCUGCAUGUUAAAAAGGGUUGUUGGCGGUAACCUGCAGCCGUCAAGGUCGCAGUGGAAUGCUGUACAAAUGCAGGUACUUGUCUGGUGGCCAGACUGAAAAAAACAUGCCCUUGGUUAUUGAUUGUCCGGUUUUGUUAUAUUGCAGUUGGCUGGUCUGGUAUGAAAUUGUUACACAUUUAGCCUAUAUUUAGUUUUACUAAAUAUUUCUUGAUAAUUGAUCUUGAUUACACUGGAGAGGAAAAUAAUACGCUGACGUACUGACCACUUAAAAUAAUACGCUAUCUGACAUACUCACCACUUAAAACAAUACGCUAUCUGACGUACUCACCACUUAAAAUAAUACGCUAUCUGACGUACUGUCCACUUAAAAUAAUACGCUAUCUGACGUACUCACCACGUAAAAUAAUACGCUAUCUGACGUACUCACCACUUAAAAUAAUACGCUAUCUGACGUACUCACCACUUAAAAUAAUACGCUAUCUGACGUACUCACCACUUAAAAUAAUACGCUAUCUGACGUACUCACUACUUAAAAUAAUACGCUAUCUGACGUACUGUCCACUUAAAAUAAUACGCUAUCUGACGUACUCACCACGUAAAAUAAUACGCUAUCUGACGUACUCACCACUUAAAAUUAUACGCUUUCUGACGUACUCACCACUUAAAAUAAUACGCUAUCUGACGUACUGACCACUUAAAUGCUGCUCCAUCUUUUUUCCUUCUCCAAUGAGCAAGGAGUCCAUGGUUAUCUCCUCCCCUCUCCUCCUCCUCUCCCUCCCUCUACCUCUCCUCCUCCCCCACCACUUCUCUUCUCUCCCUCGCUCCAGUCUGUUGGGCCGCAGAUGGCAGUUUAUUGUUGCAAAUAGGCAGUCUCGAGGUUUUACACCCGGGGUCAAUGAAUGGCUGAGCGCUGUAAUUUCACCAAACACUGAUUACCAGAUGUUUUUCAAGGAACAGGAGCAGAAUACUUAUGAAGCCAUCGAUGACAGGCCCGUGGUGAAUUUGUAAUGCAAUCAUGGCGCAUCCUAAUAAGCCCAAUUAAACGCCGUAAUAGAGGCCGGAUAUGAAGCCAACAACAAUAAUCGAGAUAAUAAAACAGUACGUUUUACUUAUUUUGUUCCCAGACAGGCAGCAAACGAUGGCAGGCUUUGUCGAACGUUGAACGUUUUCAGCUUGAGGUGUCUGGAGGUCGUGUCUAACCUAGUAGUGGUGUGGUAAUCGUAACAAAGUCAGUUGCACCUUAGAGAGGCUCCAUAGUAUGUAACUCUUCUCUGGAAAGGAAGGAAUGGACGAGUGAUGGGGGGAAAAAAUCAAUACAGUUACAUAUUUCAAAAUUAUGCCAAAACUAAGGUAUUUUUCAUCCUAUAGCUUGUUCUCCAUGUUCUUUUUAAAUGGGGAGCCAAGAUGUUUUCAGCACUUUUAUUGUCCUGACUGAUCAACACUCGUUUUCUCAUGACUCUCUCUUGUCUCUCUGCAGCAGUGAGUAAUAUGUUUGGAACAUCGCAAUAAUAUCACAGUAUGAAAUCGCAAUACACAUAGAAUCGUGAGAAUCGCAAUACAUAUCGUAUCAGCACCUAUCGUAUCGUGAAGUCCCAGGCAAUUCCCAGCCCUAGAAAUGGACUUGUUCCAAUACUUCAGAAAUGCAUCCUUCACCUUCCUAGCUUCCUUCUUUUUCUUCCUUGAAGUAAUCACAGAUCUGACAUGGGCUGGAUUGGUGAAAGCUACAAAGUGGAAACCUUACUUACACCUUACCAAUCACUUAUAGAUCGGAUAGGUGUACUGACAUCAUGCAAACGAGGAAGGAAUGAUGCGUUGCUUAAGUAUUCAUUCAGGGCACUGGAUGUACUAAAUGACAUGUGUUUUUACUGAGCUGCCCUUCUUGGCCAGGUAUCCCUUGGUAAAUAAUUAUUCUGACCUCACUGGAACUUCCUGGUUAAAUAAAUAAAUGUCUCAUCCCCUCUUUUUCCUCUACUCUCCCAGGUUCCCCGGGGGAGGACGGAGGGAAACCAUUCCAGUGUCCGGUGUGUGGCCUGGUCAUCAAGAGGAAGAGCUACUGGAAGAGACACAUGGUGAUCCACACCGGCCUGAAGAGUCACCAGUGUCCCCUGUGCCCCUUCCGCUGCGCCCGCAAAGACAAUCUCAAGUCCCACAUGAAGGUGAGAUGGUGGGAGCCUGUGAUGACUCCUUUGACCUUUGACCUGUAACCUCGUAGUGUUAUCCAUCCCCUGAGGUCAUAAUAGGAGUGGAAGUGCUGCUAAUGCUACUAAUUGCUGAAAGGGAGGGAGGUGCCUCUAGUCAGUCACCUCUAGUGUAGUGGGUAACAUGCCUCAAAUGAUACUGUAGUUAGUAGACUAAAACCAGAAGGGGUUUUAACAAGACCGAGAAGCUCCAGGUGUUGAGGGAAUCCUUAUUGUUUUACGCUCUUAUUUAAUCUCUUUUACUCAUUUUAUUUCAAUUAUUUAUUUGCAUAGGGACAGAUACAAUUAGCCUAAAACAUUGACACACAUUGAAUGUACAACAGUCAGAUGCAUUGCUCCAUUGUACCUUACGCAAAUGUUCAGUGCUUGUCCCCAGGUGAGCAUCAUUGCUUUGACUGUUGUUGCAGUGACAAUGCGCAGGUACCCCCCCCCCCCCCCCCCACUCAUCCUAUCCCUGUAUCCCAGGUCCACCAGCAUCAGGACCGGGGCGAGACGUUCCAGUGCGAACUUUGCCCUUUCACCUCCUCGCGACACUUCAGCCUCAAGCUCCACAUGCGCUGCCACCAGCACUUCCCCCGCUCCGGGUCUGCCUCCGACGGGGUCAAGGUCAAGGAAGAGGCCACCACGGACACGGAGGGCGAGGGGUCACUCAUGGGUGACUACAACCCCGGGGAGUCCCCUCUCCAGUCGGACGCAGGGAACCAGAGCUCCCCUGGAGUCUCCAGCCACCACGUCUUUAUAAAAGAAGAGCCCCAGGAGAGGGAGCUGUCGGUGCUUUCGCCCUUCACUCUCUGCAGGGACAGGGAGAGGGAGCGUCCUGGUAGUAGUGGCAACUCCCUGGACCUCUCUAUGGGGGGAGUCGGCUUGGGGGUGGGGGUUCGGUCCAGUCCUGGUGGAGGUCCAACGGCGGCGUCCCUCUUCAGCCCGGACAUCACCACCAAGACAGCCACCGACCUGCUCAUGAAGCUCUCAGGUAACCAUGACAACAACACCCAUCUAAUGGACACCCAAUCCAACACCUAUUCAUCACUGACGAGAUUUCACAAAAGGUUUAUAUAAACGUUAGACUGGUGGUCAACUUUUGAUGGCCAUUUCAGGACUUUUGAGCAUCUUAGCAUAUUUCUUAGGGUUUCAUCAUGAAUGUUAAUGCACUUCAACUCAUCCAUCCAAUAACCCCAACACUCCCUUUGCCUCUCCAAUAACCUCAUCAACAACAAACAUGCUAUCGUUAGCUAUAAUAACACUAGGUAUCAUAUCAGGUUUGUUGAGAUGCAUUCCACCGUGUUGUGACUGUCAAAGGAUCAGUUACUUUGAGACAAUGGCUGAAGAUUGAUGGGGAAAAGUGUGCCCAGGGUUGGGUGGCAAGGUCGGGGUUGAGGCUGCCACUCUAACUCCUAAUGCCAUUUAAUUAAAUUGAGAUCUCCUGAAUGAGGGGAUGCGAAGGGAGGAGAGGGAGGAGGGGGGGGGGGAACCCUCGGAACAUUAGAUUAAUUAAAAAUGUAUGCAUAAUUCAUAAUUUGAAAUGAUUAGCACCCUUAACUUCUGCUCUGUGACCCUGGCUAGGAUGCGGUGUGCGAUGUGCGUCGUGGAGAGACUGGGCAGGUUUAGUUAACCCCUCCCCCUCCAGUUCGGCUCCGUGCCGGUGCCCCCCGGGUGCCAGUCGCACUUCACUCCCAGACUUCGCAAUCAAGCCAGGAAAGUCCCAGAGGAGAGAGAGCCAAGAUGGCUUCUUCUCUCACAAUGUCAGCCCAGUGUAGUGGCGGACGGUUGGCGGACAUCUUAGUUCAAGGGCGGCGUCAUUCAUGCAGUACCAGAGAGAAUGUCACACUUUUUUUUUAAGGAGAGGAUAGAAGUGGACUUGAGUGAUGAUUGAAUGAACAAUGAUGUUUUAAUAGAAUACUAGUCCUUUUGAUUACCGAGGGCUUUCAUGAUCAUCUCUGUAGCGCGGUUGGUAAAAAAGAGAGGGGGGGGGGGGUUGGACCCAAAGCUUUACUCAGAUCUUUUGCACUCUUAGCUGGGCCAUAUAGCAGACAGGGAGGGGAGAGAGGAGGCGAAAGGGAUGGGGGAGAGGGGUACAGCUUCUUCUCAGGGGAACCUCGAGACUCUUUCUUUUGACCUCCCUGCCAAGCGCGAUUGAGUGUGUACACGCGGCAGCUCAUCGCUCCUGAUUUACCACUGCUGUCACAGUGCCUGUCUCAAUCCCACAAGGGCUGGAAGAGAGAGGGGGCGAGGGGGUGGAGGAUGGAGAGAAGGGCUGAAAGGGAGAGGGGGUGGAGGAUGGAGAGAGAGGGCUGGAGGGGGAGGAGGAGGAGGGCUGAGAGAGGGGGAGGGGGUGAGGAUGGAGAGGGCUGUAAGAGAGGGUGGGGAGGAGGAGAGAGGAGAGGGAGAAAGGGAGGGUGGAGAGGAUGGAUGGAGAGAGGGCGAGAGAGAGGGUGAUCUUGUGGGAGAGGGGGUAAAGAGUGGGAGGGGUGGAGAUGGAGAGAAGGGCUGUUAGGGAGAGGGGGGGAAGGAGAGACGUGGGGUGGAGAGAGGCUGGGAGGGGGGGUGGGGGGUGGAGAGAGGGGCUGGGGGGGGGUGAUGGCGGUAAGGGGUGAGAGGGAGGGGGUUGGAGAGGGGGAGAGGUGUAGGGAGAGGGGUUGAGGAUGGAGAAGGGCUAAAGGGAGAGGGGGUGGAAUGGAGAGAGGGAGGGGGGGGGAGAGGGCUGAAGAGAGGAUGGAGGAGGGAAGGGGAUGGAGAGGGAAAGGGCUGUAAGGAGAGAGGGUGGGAGGAUGAGGGUAGGAGGGGUAGAGGGGGGGGGUUGUAAGAGGAGGGGAGGGGGUGGAGGAUGGAGAGAAGGGGUUGUAAGAGAGAGGGGGGUGGAGGAUGGAGGAGAAGGGCUGUAAGGAGGGAGGGGGGGGGGAAGGGAGGGGGGUAAGAGAGAGGGGAGAGGGGGGGGUGGAGGAUGGAGAGAAGGGCUGUAAGAGAGGGGGAGAGGGGGUGGAGGAGGGAGAGAGAAGGGUGAAAGGGAGAGGGGUUGGAGGAUGGAGAGAAGGGGUGGGAGAGGGGGGUGGGGAUGGUAGAGAGCUGGGGAAGAGGGGGGGUGGAGGAUGGAGAUGAAGGGGUGUUAAGAGAGAGAGGGGGUGGAGGAUGGAGAGAAGGGGUGUAAGAGAGGGAGAGGGGGUGGAGGAUGGAGAGAAGAGGUGUAAGAGGGAGGUGGUGGAGGAUGGAGAGAGGGGGAGAGGGUGUAGGGGAGAGGGGCUGGAGGAUGGAGAGGGGCUGUAAGAGAGGGGGGAGAGGGGCUGGAGGAUGGAGAGAGGCUAUAAGAGAGAGGGGGAGAGGGGCUGUAAGAGAGGGGGGAGAGGGGCUGGAGGAUGGAGAGAGGCUGUAAGAGAGAGGGGGGAGAGGGGCUGGAUGAUGGAGAGAGGCUAUAAGAGAGAGGGGGGAGAGGGGCUGGAUGAUGGAGAGAGGCUAUAAGAGAGAGGGGGAGAGGGGAUGGAGGAAGGGGGUGGAUAAAAAGACAGGGAGAGAUAAAAUAAAUAGCUAGAUAAAGUGACAGACAGACAGCAAGGGAGAGAGAAGGAGAGGGAGGAAAAAAAGAGUUCCAUCUGACUGAGUUCCCCAGGCAUAAAGAAGCCAGUGAACUCUUUCUGACCUCUGACCCUGCUUCUCCUCUGGGUGUUACGACCAAUCCCCUUUGAUUUCUCCCCUGCACAGCAACGCUGACACAACCGACAGCCUACCCAGUGUGAUCCUCCACAUUCUGAUUUGAGAGAUGAAAGAUGAAAGUCCGCGGAGGUACUUUGAAAUGUGUGGAUGGUGUCCGGUUAGGACGCUACUCGCAGGACCCCUCAGACGGGUAAUAAUGGCAGUCCCCGCUGCGACCCCGUUUGGCGGGGACAGCGAGCGUGACCCCGGGCUGGGUGUGAAUAAUUGGCACGCCGCUGAAGCAGGGGCUUGUGGGAGGAAGUGUCGUUGGUGCUGAGGGUGUCUUAUUCAUCUCAGAAUAGAGAGAGAGAGAAAGAAAGAGAGAAAGCGUUGGAUGCAGUGUUUGAUGCAGUUGAAGGAGUAUCUAAGUGAUGUAGUGUGUCUGUGUGUGUUUGCCUGUGUGCGAGUGUGCUUUUGCGUUCACACAUUUUAUACCCAACCAAUAUGUCUACGUAAUAUACUAUAAGAUAUCCAGUCACCUGUUCUCUCAUUCAAAUACUAUUUAAGGUUCAUCUGACAACACCUGUCUGGGUGGACAGACACAGAAUGUUACAACCCGUUCUCAAUGUCUUCUCAGCUCGACCACUAGACAUGAACACAGUCGGUCAGCCAGCCAAUACCUCUCAAAUGUGAACUCUGGUCCAUCCUCACUGCUGUCAGCCGUCAGUAUCUACACUACACUGUCCAGCCCAGUACACACACUGUCAGCUAUUGUUGCUGCCCUCCACUCCACCUGCCUGCCCAUUGUCUGUGUGUUUCAGUGCGUCUGUCUAUCUUUGUGUCCACCAGCCCCAGUGUGUAUGUGCCCCUGUCCGUGUGUGUGUGAGUGUGUGUGUGUGUGUGUGUGUGUGCAGCCACCUCUUCCUCCUCUUCUCCUGGAGAAAACAGGAGCCAAUUGUUAGUGGGGGAGCAGGCCAGCGUGACAGAGGUGGAAAGCUAAUGAAGUUAUUUGACGGCCGGCCCGGCCAUGGAGCGAGAGGUGAGGUGCAUUGGACAAGCGUCUGGCAGAGAGACGGAUGAGGCGAGAGGAAGGAAGCGUGGCUGGAGAGGAGAGAGACAAUAGUAGAGAGAGGGAAGAGAGGAGAGGAGAGGAGAGGGAGGAGAGAGGAGGAGAGGAGGAGAGGAGAGGAGAGGAGAGGAGAGGAGAGGAGAGGAGAGGAGAGGAGAGGAGAGGAGAGGGGGGGGAGAGGGAGGAGAAGAGGAGAGGGAGGAGAGGAGGGAGAGAGAGGAGGAGGGAGGGAGAGGGGGAGAGAGGAGGAGAGGAGAGGAGGAGGAGAGGAGAGGAGAGGAGAGGAGAGGAGAGGAGGAGGAGAGGAGAGGAGAGGAGAGGAGAGCGAGGGGGGGAAAAGAAACGGCAGGUAGAGGGAGGAGAAAAAGGGACAAAAGUAGAAUGAGAAAGCCAGACAGAGAGUCUGAGGUGGAGCGUGAAAAAGAGAGAGGGAGAGCAGUGUCCGGCUGGCUGGCUGGUGGCAUGUCAGCAGGCCGUGAUAACACAGAGACAGGCUGAUAGCACCAUCACCCCUGGGCCACAGACAGACAGAGACAGGAUGAACCCUAGUGUACUACUACUACUAAACCCGAUGGGAAAGCUGCCACUGAACCGCUACAUUGGAGGCAGGCAAAGAUGGAUAGUCACUUCUCGGCCAGAGGCAGUAUAACUGCUAUACACGACACGAGGCUGCCACGGAUCAGAUGCCCCCACCGAUACAUUGGCGGCAGGGAUGGUAUACAUAUUCAUUCACACAGGCCAGGAAGAAAUCUCUACUACACACGGGUGCCCCCGCCUGCUACACUGGCGGCAGAGAUGGUAUACAUAUUCUUUCACUCAGACCAGGCCAGCCAGAAAGCUUCUCAUCACAUCACCCAGAGAUGGCUGUUGGUUAUUUCCUCAACUCUGACCGAUACACCGAUUUGCAUUUGGGGGAAGGGGGAAGUUGGCGUGCUACAGAGAGUUAAAGCGUGUGCAUAGUCAAAGUACUGUAAUUCGACUUCUGUCAUUUUCUUUGGGUGAAAUAAACCUAAGCACAGCGCACCACUAUCAUGAAUGACAGCUUAAACUAUGGUGGUUGGUACUAGUAGUAGUAGCAGUAGUAGUAGUGGUAGUAGUGGAUGCAGUAGUAGUAGUACUAGUAGUAGGAGCAGUAGUAGUUGUGGAUGCAGUAGUAGUAGUAGUAGAAGAGCGUGGCGCAGUUGGUAAGAGCGUGGCGCAGUUGGUAAGAGCGUGGCGCAGUUGGUAAGAGCGUGGCGCAGUUGGUAAGAGCGUGGCGCAGUUGGUAAGAGUGUGGCGCUAGCAAUGUCAGAGUCAUGGGUUUGAUUGCCGCAGGGAAAAAGCAUCUGCUAAAUGGAAUAGUUACGGUACGCUACACUUGUGCGUUUUUUGUGUUACUCCACUUCCCGACUGGAUAAAUAAAAACAUCCUCAGAUUAGGCUACUAAAUAAUUGAGUGGUCUCCGUAACUCAGAUUGGGAGAGUUGAAAUACGCUGCUAUUUAUAGGGCCCAGCAGAAAGGUCACUGGAGUGGAGGGACUUUUGUGUGUGUAAGCACCGCGUCCACGGCGUCUUGAGGGUUGUGUUUGUUCCGGUGGAGUACGGUCAGGGUGGGGGUGUGAAAGUGCAAGUCGUCUGCAAUAGAGUUGGCGUGUAUGUAGGCCUCGCCAGGGCCACAGUGAAGCCUGCUGUCCCUGUUUGAUCCAACAUGGCCUGAACACACUCUUAAUUAGAGGACGUCCUUCCAGGUGCUGACCAGGUUAUACUUAGCCUGUCCGCUGACAUCCGACACACACACAAACACACACUCCACCACCGAGCCUGCCCGCUGACAUCUGACAGUGUGACAUUUCCAGCUGGUGGUGCUGCCGCGACCCCUAACCCCUUACGUGAAGGUCACUGUCCCCCCUUUGCAGGCCUCCCACUAGGCCUCAUGCACCCCCUCCGCCCCCCCUACUACCAGCCAGGCUGGUGGAGGGUACUGUGGUGUGUGUGGCACAGCAUGGGCGGUCUAGGUCUAGCAGGUCCACCCACAGGGUGCUUCUGUCAGUGUGGCUCCUGUCCUCUCGUACCUGAGCGCUCUGUCCCCCUCUGUCCCUCCGCCGUGCAUCAUCAUUAAUCAGAUGGCCGGAGCUGACGCAGAUUUAUGACACGGGCGGGGGGGGUGGCCCCGCGGCAGGCCUGUGGCGGCCGGAGAUGUUAGGUGUGAUGGGAGGGUGAGGAGCAGGGGAGCUGAUCUAUGCUGGGGCCGGAGGAAACUGGACAGCCGUCGACCCAAAAGUGAUAACCGACCCUAAGGUGUGUGUGUGAGAGGAGAGAGACAGCAGUGAGAUAUGGAGGAGAGUAAGAGAACCAUUGGCCACAAAGCAUUGAGGCACCGUUGGCCCCUGUGUUUUCUUGGCGGCGAUCAGAAGUUGCUCCAUGUCUAAUUAUUAAUUAUUCAUCUAAGGCGGGAUUAGAUGUGACCCAGUUUCCCUACAAACACACACACACACACACCUAGGUGUAUCUACACUCUGUAGAUACAAUUUAGUAUCAUCAUCUGUGUAUUAGCAAGCCUACCUUUGACUGUAGCAUGUAGGUCUGUAACUCAAUGGCUUUUUGGUGUGUGUGUGUGUGAGAGAGAGAGAUGUAGAGAAAGAGAACAGGAGGAUUUGGUUAGAGAUGCCCUGCGGACCUGGACAGAGUGAGAGAGUCAGUCAUUAGGUCCUACCAUCUGUGCUGGCCCACUGUGCCCCAGGAUCCUAGGAUUCACUGUUCACUGCUGGUCCAGACCAGGGACUUUCAGCUCUCUCUCAAAAUAACAGACCGCUUACGAAACCUACUGUCAUCCUCAAUUUGAUUUGUUCUCUCUCUCUCACACAGUGUGUGUGUGUGUGGUGUGUAUGACUAUGUUCCUGUGUGGUUUGAGGUACAAAAUAAGAAGACAGAAGACUGUAGAAUGCAGACACACGACCACGUGCUGUACCAUGUGACCAGCGCUAUGUUAUUGCUGGGUUUAUGUGAUCAACUGCCACAUGGAGAAAACCCCAGUUGAACCCUGCUCUUCUGCCACAGUCCACACUGUAUCAUUCCACAGAUAGUUGAGGAUCUCUCACAAACAACCCUCUUCAAACCCUCUAUCUAUCUUCCCUCUCGUUUCUCUUGACCCUCACCUCUCUCACCAAUAUGGCUUUUCCCCACCCUCCUUCCCCUCUCUCCUCUUUCAUUUGUCCAUGUGACCCCUCUCACUCUCACCUUUCCUCCUCUCUAUCCUCUAACCUUCUAUCUCUCUCUCUCUCUCUCUCUCUCUCUCUCUCUCUCUCUCUCUCUCUCUCUCUCUCUCUCUCCUCUCUCUCCUCUCUGUCUUCCUGUCUCUGUCCUCUGUCUCUCCUCUGUCUCUCCGUCUCUGUCUCUCUACACAUCUCUCUGUCUCUCCUCUCUCUGUCUCUCUCUCUCUCUCUCUCUCUCGUCUCUCUCUCUCGUCUCUCUCUCUCUCUGUCUCUCUCUUCUCUGUCUCUCUCUCUGUCUCUCUGUGUAGCGGCCAACCAGAAGGAAGCCCUGAAGGCUCCACAGUCCUUCCAUCUGAAGCAGGAACCCCGGACCGAGGAGGAAGAGGUACGAAGGAGCCCCAGGAGCCAGCCCAGCUACUCCUCCUUCUACCAGGAGCAUGGCGCGGCGCUGGGGGGCACGGGGCCAGCAGAGGUCACAGCAGACAGUGGGGGCCACAGGGGCCCCCUGAAGGGACGGGAGGGAAGCCCCAUGGGGAACAAGAACAGUCUCCUCAGCCAGGACAUCAACUUCAAGGUGGCGUCUGAGCUGCUGAUGAAGCUGUCAGGUAAGGUAAUGGGCUGUGUGGGUGGGUGAGGAGGUAGUGCGUGCGUUCAUUCAUUGGUGUUUCUCUAUAUAGGAUAGUGCAAGUUGA